UUAAACCCUUCUCGUUUUGUUUCCAUGAGCUCCAGUAGUCGCCGAUUCAUUUUUCCCAGAAAAAAAAAAAACAAUCAGUAAUUCUCUCAGGCAACCUGGGAAGAAAGGGUUGAUUCGAUCGAAAGAGGAUCGUCGAAACAAUGGCCCGUGUUUCGCAAAGCCGAAACGUGAUUAGCCACAUAGCCGCAAGAGGAACGAGCUUCCAGAAAUCUGACAAUACGAUGAUGCACCAUCCGCUACUUUUCGCAUGCCAAGGCGUUCGAUACAGAAGAUUGGAGGUUAUUCUCACGACGAACAUAGAAAAGCUUGGGAAAGCCGGCGAGACAGUGAAGGUGGCUCCGGGUCACUUCCGCAACCACCUCAUGCCCAAACUCCUGGCUGUCCCUAACAUAGACAAGUUUUCUCAUCUCAUCCGAGAGCAACGCAAGAUUUACAAACGCGAAGAAGGUGAGGAGGUUAAGGUGGUCCAGAAAACCACUGAAGACACGACAAAGGAGUAUGAAAAGGCUGCUAAGCGUCUUGCUAAUGCCAACCUGGUACUCAGGAGGUUGGUUGACAAGGAAAAGUUCCGAAACCGCUCUUCAAAAGAUGACAAGCCAGAUGUAAGAACUCCUGUGACAAAGGAAGAGAUAGUUGCAGAGGUGGCGAGGCAGCUGUGCGUGAAGAUUGAACCGGAGAACGUUCAUCUGACAUCUCCUUUGACGUCUUUUGGAGAGUACGAGGUGCCUCUGCGUUUCUCCAAGUCUAUCCCUUUGCCCGAGGGUAGCAUUCAAUGGACUCUCAAAGUCAAAAUCCGUGGCAAAUGAGCUUUCGACCUCAUGUCCUCUCCGAGAUGGUUCUUGUUUCAGUCGUAGCCAUGGCCAAUUUAGGUGCUGGAAGUUCACUUGUUUUCAUAUCAUACCCCCUUCAUUUUGUUAUUUAAUUUGAUCAACAUGUCCGUCCGUCCAGGUUAACCGGGCCGGUUUUGUCCGGUUUUGAGUUUGUCACUCGGUUUAGUUACAAGUUUGCGAUCUGUUUUCUGGUCGGCCAAACCGGUUUGAGAAAGACUGCAUUUGGAGCCUUGAAGCUUCGGUACGGUGAGUCGGCUCUCUGUGUCUUUUUAGUACGUAACUCUCUGUCGGAUGAUAAUUAAAUUGUAAGAUUCCGUGACAUGUAUUUGGAAUGUGAAUAAUAUAUGUCUUGACAUAAAGAUAUUAGGGGAAAUCGU